GGUCGGUAUACUGGGCUAUACAUAGUACUAUGUAAGUAGGAGGUAUACAUAAAUAAGUGAGUAGGUACAUAGGUAAGUAUAUAUCAUGUAGACAUACCUUAGCAUGACCCCACGGUUGACGCUACCUACCCUCGUUGCCGUCCUACAGUACCACCCAAAGUUCUGCACCCAGGUCGCGGCCAGGUACCAUUGGUAGUACCGCCUCUUACAUAGUUGUUCCCAAUUUUUUUACCCCUCCAUCAUAGAAAAGCAUCCUCUGCCCCCCUCUAUCACCACCAUCAUCUUCUCUCACCUUCCUCUCCAUAAUUCCCACUCCCCAAGUACAACUCGACCUCUAUCCUCCUUGUCCUUGCGCAGAUAUCUACUGCCGUAACAUUGUGCCUUGUUAUAUUAUAGAGAAAGCUAUUCAGCAAAAUCGCAACCAUGUCUGGUGCCGUUGCUGAUCUCGGCCUCAUUGGCCUGGCUGUCAUGGGUCAGAACUUGAUUCUGAACAUGGCUGACCAUGGCUUCACGAUCUGCGCCUUCAACCGAACCGUUUCCAAGGUCGACCGCUUCCUGGAAAAUGAAGCAAAGGGCAAGUCUAUUGUCGGCGCUCACUCCACAGAGGAAUUCGUUUCUAAGCUCAAGUCGCCUCGUCGCAUCAUGCUGCUCGUCCAGGCCGGCAAAGCUGUUGACGACUGGAUUGAGACUCUGCUCCCUCUUCUGGAGAAGGGUGACAUUAUUAUUGAUGGUGGAAACUCCCACUUUCCCGACUCCAACCGCCGAACUCAGUAUCUCACCCAGAAGGGAAUCCGAUUUGUCGGCUCCGGUGUUUCCGGUGGUGAAGAGGGUGCUCGUUACGGUCCUUCUAUCAUGCCUGGUGGCAACGAGGAGGCCUGGCCCCAUAUCAAGGACAUCUUCCAAAGCAUUUCUGCCAAGAGCUCUGGUGAAGCCUGCUGUGAGUGGGUUGGAGACGAGGGUGCUGGCCACUACGUCAAGAUGGUCCACAACGGUAUUGAAUAUGGCGACAUGCAGCUGAUCUGCGAGGCUUAUGACAUCAUGAAGCGUGGUCUAGGAUUAUCGAACAAGGAGAUCGGUGACAUUCUCGCCAAGUGGAACAAGGGCGUUCUAGACUCUUUCCUUAUCGAGAUUACCCGUGACAUUAUGUACUUUAACGACGACGACGGCACUGCCUUGGUCGAGAAGAUCCUGGACAAGGCUGGCCAGAAGGGUACCGGAAAGUGGACUGCUGUGAACGCCUUCGACCUCGGAAUGCCCGUUACUCUGAUUGCCGAGGCUGUGUUUGCUCGCUGCCUUUCAUCGAUCAAGGAUGAACGUACCGAGGCGUCAGAGAAGCUUAAGUUCGUCGGUAACUCUCAGGCCUUCGAAGGCAACAAGGAACAAUUCCUCGACAACCUCGAGCAGGCUCUAUAUGCUUCAAAGAUUGUUUCCUAUGCACAGGGUUUCAUGCUGAUGCAAGAGGCCGCUAAAGAAUACAACUGGAAGCUGAACAAGCCCUCAAUUGCUUUGAUGUGGAGAGGUGGUUGCAUUAUUCGCUCGGUUUUCUUGAAGGAUAUCACCUCAGCGUACCGAAAGAACCCAGACUUGAAGAACUUGUUGUUUGACGACUUCUUCAACGAGGCCAUCCACAAGGCGCAGCCAGGUUGGAGAGACGUUGUUUCCAAGGCCGUUCUGCUCGGAAUUCCGACUCCCGCUUUCGCCACAGCGCUGUCGUGGUUCGAUGGGUACCGCACCAAGAACCUGCCCGCGAACCUACUCCAAGCGCAGCGUGACUACUUUGGUGCCCACACAUUCAGAAUCAAGCCCGAGUCCGCUAGUGAGAAGUACCCCGAGGGCAAGGAUAUCCACGUCAACUGGACUGGUCGUGGAGGCAACGUAUCAGCUUCAACAUACCAGGCAUAAGAUGGCGAGGCGAAUAGGAAAAUAGAUAUUUUUCAUGGGCUUAAAGACAAAUGAAACCCAUUGACAAGAUGUUAUGCAUUGGUAAAGGGCUUUUCUUAGUUUUCUUCAAUAGAUGGGAUGGGAAAUAUUCAAUUGAUUAAUGAUCAAACCUCUCGUGCUAAUUUCUGCUGUGCCUGAAUCACGAUGAGCCCCAGCUGUCAUAUGUACUUAAGCAGCCUCUCACGGAUAGGUUAGGUGGUGUUGGCCACACGCCGAUAUCUGGCUUUAUGUGGUUUGUAGGAUAUUUGAUAUUUGAGCUCUUCAAAAGAACUACAAAUUGGGUGAUGAUGUGACUUAGUAACAAAACAGCUGCAUAGUAGGAGC